CGAAUAUGGGAUUAUCUACUGAUGCGCUCGUUAUCACCAAGCCCGGGUCGGGAUUUGCAUUGGAGAAGAUCCAGUUAGAGGAAAUCGAGAAAGACGAGGUGCUGGUGGAGAUGUACGCAAGUGGGAUAUGUCAUACCGAUCUUAUCGUAGAGCAUGGCUUCCUACCUGUUGGAGGGUUUCCCAUCGUGGUGGGUCAUGAAGGCAGUGGUAUCGUCAAAGGCGUCGGGAGCUCUGUAACCAACGUUGCUCCAGGCGACGGCGUACUCCUCUCCUUCACUUCGUGCGGCACCUGCCGCGCCUGUAAGUCCCACCACACCGCCUACUGCGAGACCUUCCACGCAGUAAACUUCGGUUCCCAGCGACCUGACAAGACCCCUCGAGCAGCGAACGAGCAGGGACGGGUGGAGAUGGGCUUCUUUGGCCAGAGCAGCUUUGCGAGGGACUCGGUGGUUUGCGCUGCCAGCUGUGUUAAGGUUGAUAGGUUGACGGAGGAUGAGAUGAGGCUGCUUGCACCUCUCGGGUGCGGUCUUAUGACUGGUGCGGGCACGGUAGACAACAUCUUCGCCGCGACGGCCCCUGGCUCCAUCGCAGUCUUCGGCAUGGGCGGCGUAGGCUUUGGGGCCAUCUUCGCUGCCAAAUCACGCGGUCUCUCACCUAUCAUCGCGGUAGACAUCGACGAUUCCCGUCUCGCGCUCGCCCUAGAACUUGGGGCGACGCACACGAUCAUCGGCAAGCAGGAGAAGGACGUCGUAGGUGCUAUCCGGGCGCUGUCGAACGGAGGAGUGAAUUACAGCGUUGAGACUACCGCGAAUAACACUGUCAAGCUGCAAGCUAUCAACUCUGUAUACAAGCUUGGAAAAGUGGGGAUCGUAGGCACGACAGGGACGGACAAGGUCGAGGUCGAGGUAGAUACGAUGAUCAAGAGCGGUGCGUCUAUUAUCGGCGUAGCGAUGGGCGAUGCCUACACAUCCGAAUACCUCCCCAAGCUGGUGGAGGAAUACCGUGCUGGCCGGUUCCCGCUCGACAAGCUCACGAAGCACUACAAACCGGAGGAGAUUGACACCGCUGUGAAGGAGAUGAUCUCUGGCCAGACGAUCAAGCCGAUUAUCGUCUGGCGAUGAGAGGGCCGUGGUGAUAUGUAACUGUAGGGUGACUUGAUUUGUUAUCUGUUGUUUGAUCUCUUUGUACUGCCGGGUUGGAGUUAGCCUCGUUCUUUUGGCUGCCAGGAGGCUGUCAUUACACUUCCACGUCGAGUACCAUUAAGGUACUGCUGUUGCACACGUCCUAUGAAGCACCUACAGUGUGUGCAG